AUGUCUACAUCAACAACCUUUCAUUCUGAAGAGGGAAAAGAAACCUCCUCGACCACCAAACGUAUGGGUCGUGUUGCAGCAGCAUUCUAUGGUACUCACGACGUACUUACAAUUAACAGUUUUUUGAGCACCAUGAGAAUCCAAUUUGCGAUGCAAGAUCUUCCAGAGACGAAACGUAUUCCUUUCGUUGCAAUCCACUUUGAAGCUCUUGCCAGAUCAUGGUUCGAGAUGUGGUCCGAGGAGAAUAUGGAUGCCCCUUACGAAACCUUUGUCAAAGCUUUCAAGAAAAGGUUUGAACAAGCAGCUAAUCCAGAAAAACUGCUCAGUGACAUAGAAAAGCUAAAACCAAUGGAAAUUGGUAUCGAAGCUUUCAUCACUGAAUUUGAACGCUUACACCGACUAUUACCGCAGGGAGAAAUACCAUUGUUCAUUACGAAACACCUCUACUUACGGAACAUGGAUGAAUCCAUUGCGACUGCCAUCGAUUUAGCAAACCCUCAGACCCUCGAGGAACUGUACAAUAUGACCUAUCAACAUAUUCCUCGCAAGGACAGAACCACGUAUACCGUGAACAAGAACGAAACAGUUAAGUCCACUGACGAUAUUUUGACUACGACCGCAGCAAUUUACCGUCGUAAUCACGAUCGGAAUGGACGUACUAACAGAGGGAAAGUUGGUAAGAAUCAUUACUCGUUACGUAAUGAAAGAAGAACCAAAGGAUUAUGUUACCGCUGUGGUAAAGCUGAUCACAUGUAUAAGGAUUGUCCAGAAGGUCGUAAAACCUACUCAGACAAUAAAGGACCUGAAAAGGCGAGGCCUCACCAAUACUAA